AUGCGCUACGCUCUCUCCUUAACCAUCGCAGGUACCCUCCUCGCCCAGGGUAGCUUCGCGCUAGGGUUUCUUCCUGAAGCUCGCAACUUCAUCUACAUUGUGCCUGAUGGGUUUGGCAUUGCCUCGCAGUCUUUGGCACGGGACUACGUCUCGCUGCUGCAGAACGGCGAAAAUCCAAAAGCACCCGUCUCAAUCCAGCUACCAGCUGAUGAAAUGGUUAUUGGAAAUGUAAGAACGCUAGCGAGCGACAACUUGAUUACCGACUCAGCAGCGAGUGCAACAGCAUUCGGCUGUGGCGUGAAGACGUACAACGACGCUAUCGCUGUCGACGUCGACGGGAAACCAGUUGCUUCGAUCUUAGAAGCGGCGAAAGCAGACGGUUUCAAGACCGGUCUCGUUGUGACAUCGACUAUCAACCAUGCCACGCCUGCUUGCUAUGCUGCCCAUGUGGCUGAUAGGGAUUCAUACGAAAAGAUUGCCGAGCACGAGAUUGGGUACUCGCAUCCUCUCGGCCCUCAAGUUGACAUUCUCUUGGGCGGUGGACGCUGCUACUUCAAACCCAAGUCUGAUCCCACAUCUUGCCGCAAAGAUGACAUUGAUCUGUUCGGCUUUGCGAAAGAAAGGGGCUUCAGGGUUAUGCAGGACCGUAAGGCGUUUGAUGAAUUGAAGAAGGGGCAUGGAAAGGCUGCGGAAUUGCCCUACAUUGGUCUGUUCAACGAUGGCCAGAUGAUGUACGAGAUCGACCGUAAACAGCAACCUAACAAAGAGCCCUCCCUGCUCGAAAUGGUCGACACAGCGGUCACCUCGCUCGACCGUGCCACGAAGAAGUCGUCCCGUGGCUACUUCCUUAUGAUCGAAGCAUCCCGGAUUGACCACGCCGGCCAUGCAAAUGAUCCAGUAGGCCAUCUGCACGAUGUAAUCAUGUACAACGACGUGAUGAAGUUCGUGCGAAAGUGGAUCGACAAGCACCCCGACACUGUCAUGAUGUCAGCUGCGGACCACGAGACCGGUGGCUUGACUCUCAACGGCUUUAACCCGCUUCCUCUCAAGGCCGCAACCAUGACCACGGAGCAUGCUGGGCGCCUUUGGAAAGCAUACAACGGCACUGACCGCCGCGCAUAUCUCAAGAAUACUAUUCUUCCUGGUUAUGGACUCGGCGAUCUCCCCGAUGCAGAGGUCGAUACGAUCUUGAAGAACGACAAGCUCGCUUCUGACCUUUCCACUCGCCUCAGCAAGAAGGCCGGUAUCAACUGGUCUACUGGUGGUCACACCGCGGCCGAUAUUACACUUUACGGGUACGGAAAUGGCUGGCGUGGAGACGACCUGAAGCUGAAUAUGGCUGGUAACUGGGACAACACGCAACUGCCAGCGUACAUUGAGAGGGUGCUGAAGGUCAACAUCAAGAAGGUGACGGAGAAGCUGAGGAAGGCCCCAGCUGGGUGGGUUGGAAAGAGGAAUUUGAGCAAGCGCGGCCACAGUCACGAGCACUGA